AUCGUUUUCAAUUCAACACAAUCAAUCAACUGAUCUCACUGCUUCAAUAUGUGCUGCUGGGAAUUAUGCUUUUGGGCAACCAGGUGUACCUAGAGAUGAUGAUGUGGUGAUUGUAGCUGCAUACCGAACUGCCAUUUGCAAAGCGAAGCGUGGUGGCUUCAAGGAUACCCUUCCGGAUGAUCUACUUGCCUCAGUUUUGAAGGCUGUAAUAGAGAAAACAAAUGUUGACCCAAUUGAAGUAGGAGAUAUAGUAGUUGGUACAGUACUCGGACCCGGAUCAGAGAGAGCAAUUGAGUGCAGAAUGGCAGCCUUUUAUGCAGGUUUCCCCGAGGUGGUACCUCUUCGCACAGUGAAUAGACAAUGUUCAUCAGGACUUCAAGCUGUUGCUGAUGUUGCCACUUAUAUAAGAGCCGGGGUCUAUGAUAUUGGCAUCGGAGCUGGAUUGGAGAGUAUGUCACAGGACAACAUUUCAACUAUUCGCACUGGCAACCCAAAGCUAGACACAUUUAAACAAGCCCGUGAUUGUCUUCUUCCAAUGGGAAUCACUUCUGAGAAUGUUGCAAAGCGUUAUGGUGUGACAAGGCAGGAGCAAGAUGAGGCAGCUGUUGAGUCUCACAAGCGUGCUGCAGCUGCAAGAGAAUCUGGUAAAUUCAAAGAUGAAAUUAUACCAGUUUCUACCAAGAUUGUGGAUCCAAAAACCGGAGAGGAGAAGCAAAUUAUAGUUUCGGCUGAUGAUGGUAUCCGGCCUAACUCAAAUUUAAUGGAUCUAGCAAAGCUGAAGCCUGCAUUCCAGAAAGAUGGUUCAACAACAGCAGGUAAUGCUAGCCAAGUUAGUGAUGGUGCCGCAGCAGUUCUCCUCAUGAAGAGAAAAGUAGCCGUGCAAAAGGGGCUUCCGAUUAUUGGAACCUUCAGGAGUUUUGCUGCUGUCGGAGUAGAUCCUGCUGUUAUGGGAGUUGGCCCGGCAUUUGCUAUUCCAGCUGCAGUGAAAUCUGCUGGUCUUGAACUUCGUGACAUUGACUUGUUUGAACUCAAUGAGGCAUUCGCAUCUCAGUUUGUUUAUUCCUGCAAGAAAUUGGGACUUGAUCGUAACAAGGUCAAUGUAAAUGGUGGUGCUAUUGCUCUAGGUCAUCCUUUGGGCGCUACAGGUGCACGCUGUGUUGCAACUCUAUUGAAUGAGAUGAAGCGUCGUGGCAAUCGAUUUGGUGUAAUCUCAAUGUGCAUAGGGUCAGGCAUGGGAGCUGCUGCUGUAUUUGAAAGGAGUAUUGAAGAUUUGUGCAAGUUUAGUCAUUAUGUUCUUGAUAUUACAUGAUUUGAAGUGUUUUCAUUUUGAAUUAGGUUAUGAUCGGAAGGUUAAAACACGGGAGAGAAAAAGAGUAAAAGAGAAUGGAAUUUAUCAUGGCAAAAAUAAUUAAAUAAAUGUCCUUUGAUUUGUCA